GGCCGGCACGAUCUCAAAGCAGGGAGCCGGUUUUAAUUGGCCCCCUCAAAAAAAUCGGUCGCACGCAUCCAAUCAUUAUUUGCAGCCCGAGCCUCAUCGCUGGUCUUCUCUGCUCUGCUCUCUUCCCCCCGUCGACUCGGCCGGCGCCUUCAAUUGCCACCUGCUCCUGCUUUUAAUGGGCAUCCCCUCCCUCCGACAUGGCCGGCGAUCCCCCCACCCGCGCCGCCGGUGAUCGCUCCCCCUCCCCAUCCUCCUCCUCCUCCUCCUCUUCCUCCUCCUCUGCAUCCUCGGCCGCCGCGGUCGGCCCCUCCAGCCUCGUCCUCCACCUGCUCCUCCUCCACUCGCUCUUAUAACACGGCCGGCUAAGCCAAGCCCAGCCAUGGCGGCCGUGUUCUUCCACCACGUCAUCGGGGACCUGACCGUCGGGAAGCCCGAGAUCGCGGAGCUGCACGACGCGGACACGCUCGCCACCGCCGCGCGGGCCAUCGCGGCCAGCCCCGAGGGCGCCGUGCCCGUCUGGCGCGCGCGCGAGGCGCCCGACGAGCCGCCGUCCGGGGCCAGGUUCGUCGGGAUGAUCUCCGCCGUCGACAUCGCCGCCUUCGUCGCCACCGCCGCCGACGGAGACCGGGCCAUGCGCGAAGCCGCCGUCGGCGAGGUCGUGCAGCCCAACCCGGAGCUGCUCAGGGAGGUCGACCCCGGCACCAGGUUGAUCGAUGCGCUGGAGCUGAUGAGGAAUGGAGUAAAGCGCUUGCUUCUUCGCAAGAAUGGCUCCUGGACAGGCCUCACCAAGCGGUUUUCAAUGCUUUACGAUGGGAAAUGGAUAAAGAGCUCUGAUUCAGCAUCCGCGAGCUCACCUAGCAGCAGCAGUAUGCACUUGUGCUCACCUGUAGCUGUAAGUUCGGUGGACAGAUUUUGCUGUCUGGCAAGGGAAGAUAUCCUCCGGUUCCUGAUCGGAUGCCUCGGUGCUCUUGCCCCCAUCCCACUGUCUCGGAUCUGCACCCUUGGGGCCAUCAAUCCAAACUACUGUCACGUCGAAGCAUCGGCACCAGCCAUGGAAGCGAUCCAGAAGAUCCCUCGAGACCCAUGCGGGGUAGCUGUAGUGGAGACAAUGCCAGAUGGAGUUCGCAAGAUCAUCGGAGACAUCUCGGCGUACAAGCUGUGGAAGUGCGACUACGUCGCAGCAGCGUGGGCGCUCGCAAACUUGUCGGCGGGGCAGUUCGUCAUCGGCGCCGACGAGAACGGGUCAACGCCUAUCUCGGCUUUUCUGGAGCUUCCUAUCAACUCGUCGAUCGUGGAGGAGGCUGAACCGGGGCGCUCUCCCAGGCUGAAGAAGUUCAGCAGCAGGAGCAUCGGGUUUCUGAACAGCCAGGCGAACCAGGCGAGGAGCAUGUACCGGGGCCGGAGCGCGCCGUUGACGUGCAGGAGCACGAGCUCGCUGGCGGCCGUCAUGGCGCAGAUGCUGUCCCACCGGGCCACGCACGUGUGGGUGACCGACGCGGACGCCGAGGAGGACGGCGUCCUCGUCGGUGUCGUCGGGUACAUCGACAUCCUCGGCGCCGUCACCAAGAACGUUUGAUUGACCAUCGCCGCCGUCCUGGUUUCGAUGAUGAUGAUCUCCACCGGCGCGUAUUUUGUAAACAGUUGUAGUGCUUGGUUGGUUUUUGGUUUUGUGGUGCUCUGGGAUAGUUUUUUUGAGAGCUGUCGGCGUGCGUGGAACUGAAGUGUAUUGUGGGUGUACUGUGCAUUCUUUGUUGAUGGGUUUUUAUAAAACAGGCUCGGGCUAACAUUCGUUGCUCGACUUGUUCAGGCU